CUUCCCUUCUUCCUGUUUUGUGACUAGGGACUGGGAUUCAGGCGAGAGGGCCUGGUUCGGCGGCCUUCCUUCCUUCCUUCCUUCCUUCCUUCCUUCCUUCCUCCCUCGCUGGGGCCCGGGGGAGGCGUCGAAGGCCCCGCCGGAGAUGCGAGGGCCUCGCGGGCCCAAGGAUGGUCCCCAGGGGGCUGCUCCCACUCCUCCUCGCCGCCAUGGUCAAAGUGAUCCUGAUUCAGAUGAAGACUGGGGAAUCCUUGGGAGCAGCCCUCAUCCCUGAAACCAUACAUGGAGUAGAUUCACACAAACAGGAAUCCCUCCAUUCUAGUGGAAGAGAAAGGAGGGAGCUGGUGUGCCAAAAAGGAUAUUAUCCCCACCCAAAUGAAACCCACUGCUGCAUAAAAUGCCACAAAGGAACCUAUCUUGCACAACACUGUUCAGGGCCAGAGAAGACACCCAAUUGCUCAGAGUGUUCUCCAGGCACCUACAUGUCACAAGAUAAUUUUUAUCGACAGUGUUUUCCAUGUUCAGGCUGUCGAGCAAGUUUUGGACAGAUAGAAAUAUCUAGGUGCACCCCUGAGCAGGACACUGUCUGUGGUUGUGGACUCCACCAGUAUCAGUCUGGUGGGAAGUCUGAGUUCUUCUGCCAAAACUGCAGUGCUUGUGAGAAUGGAAAAAUCAGGCAACAUUGUACCAAAUUUAAUGAUACAAUAUGUGAGUGUCACCCUGGAUAUUUUCGCCGGACAGAUGAAAACAACUGUUCCCCAUGCAGCAGCUGCAAUGAUCAAAAAUGCAAGCAACACUGUGAGCCAAUGUCCUUCCCAGUGGCAAACCCUUCAAAUUCCCAAGAAAUCACAUAUGGCCUUGGCUCAUUAGCUUUUCUUUUUGGGUUCGGCUGUGUUAUAUUGCUGUUGGCAAAGAAAAUUAAGUGGCAACUUUGUCAGAAGAAACAGAACUCCACUUCUUGCUCGUAUUCUUUGAAUCCAGAGAAAACAGGAGAACCUACUUCAAAGACUAAUGAUAAAGGAAAUUAUUCCGCUCUGUGUCGAGAUGAUGAAGUACAACAGUCAUCGCAGACAAGCCCAACAGUGCCACUUCCAGAUUGUGUAAAAUCUGCAGGAGAGACACAAGUCCCAGAUCGUCCUGAAGUUUUGUAUACCAUUGUGGAUCAUGUCCCCUUGUCUCGGUGGAAGGAAUUUAUGCGGUACUUGGGGCUGAGUGAAAAUACAAUAGAUAUAAUCACUAUAGAACAACGGCAUAUGAGAGAAGCACAAUAUGAGAUGCUGAGACACUGGAGGCUGCAGGCAGGCCAUGGUGCCUCUGUGGAGCGUAUAAGUAAUGUUCUCAACCAGAUGAAUCUGAGUGGCUGCAGUGAAGCAAUUCAGGAGGUCCUGACCAAACAGCCUUAGUGUUUCUAUCAUUCUUUCUACUUUUUAAAGGAUACCAGCACUCAUUCAGACUUCAAUGUCCAUCUCUUGAAGAUAGCUGCAUCAUGAUGAUUCCUUAUAGAACACGAGCAAUACAGUGCUUUUCAGUGGAGUUACUUCACCGUUCAGAUACCCAUCUUCAGAUUGUGUUGCGUGUGCAUGUGAAACAGCUUUUGAUUUUAUCCCUAUCAAGACUAGCACUUUUCUUCCAGAGAUGGAUUUGGGCCGAUCUUGCCUGUCAUUCUUUUUUU